AUGUAUUCAGAUUCAUACAACUUAAUCCCAAUGAAAAUAAAUGAGGCUGUAAUGUGUCAAUUUGCUCAAGUUUCAUUCAAGUUUUUUUUUUUAUAUAUAUAAUUAUUUUAUUUUAUGUUUAUAUAUUAUUAUUUUAAAGAGGAAGAAAUGGGAGGAGGAGAAGAAGAUCAACAGAAAUUGAAGAACACAGCAGCAGCAGCGUAUGACUACGAGAAUGAUCCAAGAUGGGCAGAUUAUUGGUCAAAUAUACUCAUUCCUCCUCACAUGGCUUCCCGUUCUGAUGUCGUCGACCAUUUCAAGCGCAAGUUUUAUCAACGAUACAUAGACCCUGGUCUAGUGGUUGAGCCAAUGACUACCAGCAGUUCGUCCCAACCAGCAAAGCCAUCAGCUGCACAACCAUCAUCAUCAUCAUCGUCCACACCUUCUAAUAACCAGCCAAGACAGCGUAACUCUGUUUGGGACACACUGAACAAGAUAUUGAUGAUUGGAUUUGACACUGUUGCAUUGGUUUUUGUUGUUGCAGUUCUCUCAAUAUUUCCGCUUACACCUGCAAAUCUGUCAAACAGAGCAUACCGACUGUCCUUCUUGGGAACUGCAUGUUCUUCGCUAUAUUCAUUAUACUCAGUAUAUGGGAAACCGAGGGCUUGGAAUUUACAAGCAGUGCAAGUUUGGUUGCAGUCAGUUAUUGUGACGAAGGAUUUCAUCUCCUUCCUUUACUGUCUCACUUUUGUCACUUCCCAUCUUUACCUGAAAUUUUCUUUGAUUCCUGUUAUAUGCCGAUCACUUGACCAUGUUGGUAAAUUUCUUCGACGUAACUUCAGCAGAUCUUCUUUGUACAGGAAGUACUUGGAAGAGGCUUGCGUAUGGGUCGAGUCAAACGUAACUACUCUCAACAUACUGUCUUCACAGGCUGAAAUUGGACUGGGAUUUCUUCUGGUUGUCUCUCUAUUAUCGUGGCAGCGUAAUAUUAUACAAACAUUCAUGUAUUGGCAGAUAUUGAAGCUUAUGUAUCAUGCUCCUGCUACUGCUGGUUACCAUCAGAGUGUGUGGGCUAAGAUCGGAGGGCUUGUAAAUCCAGUUGUUCAACAUUAUGUCCCGUUCUUGAAUACUCCUAUUUCAACUAUUCAGAGAUGGUGGUUCAGUUUUACAUUGUUUUCCUCCUUUUUGUCAUUUGAUCUUGCUGUUGAAUUUUGUCCUCAUUGUCAAGAAUCUUUCAAGAAAGCUGCAUAUAAGCUCAGUAAGCCACUGAUCAGUGAUGAUGGGAAGGUUUAUUUGUGUUCAGAAAAGAACUUUUUUGCCUUUGAAAGCAAUGGUUCUGUCGCGUGGACGUUAUCUCUCAGUUACAAAUGCAGUCCAAGUAUAGCUCCAGUUCAAGGAGAAUCACGAAAGAUAUAUGUGAUUGCAGAAGACAGAGUGCUGAAGAUCAACCCGUUGAACGUAGGAAGUUCUGAAUUAGCUGUAGAAUUAUUCUUUGGUUCGGAAUAUGAAAGACUAGGGGAUAUUAUUGGCCUUGCAGUAAGUAUAUCCAGUUCCUGUGUACUUAUCAAUGUCAAAAACCGGGGUCUCUUUGCUUACCGGUUGCAAGGAAAGCUGUACUGGAGUGUUGGCCCGUUGCUUUAUCAGCAUGGAUAUCGUCAAGGUUGUAGGAAAAAUAUCACAGAAUGUUAUUUUUCCUCAGUCCCCGUGUUCGAUCACUGUGAAGCUAGCAUAUAUAUUUCUAACAAUCAAGGAGAAAUUUAUUCUUUGUCAACUCGUAGUCCACAUUUUAAAUGGAUACAAGAUUUCAGUUCAUUCGGAAGUACACUUACCAUGAAAGCUGGGAACAACGGUCUGUUGUAUGUUACUGUAGCAGCUAAAGCUCUGAUACUAGCAGUUGAUGUUUCCAGGGGAAGCAUUUUGUGGCAGAAAAGCUUUGGACAGCUAAGUAUGGGAGAUUAUGCCCCUGCUGUUGAUUCUAAUGGUUGGAUAUCUAUUGGUUCAUUGGACGGAUACCUCUAUUCGUUUUCACCAAAAGGAGUUCUCAAAAAGUUCCCUAAAGUGCUUAACAUGGAUUCUGUUAUCCAAGUCAGUCCUGUUCUUGAUUGCUCAGGAUAUGCAAUCUAUGUUUCUCAGACACAGAUUGAAGGAAAGAUUACUCAGAUAAUUGGAGAUUACACUUACAUCUCCGCGAUGAAAUCAAAGGGUGUUAUCUUCACACUGAUUAAUCCAGCUACUGGGAUCAUCUUUUGGUCUGAACAAUAUCCUGGCCUAUUCUCCUCAGAAUUUUUGAGAAGUGACCUGCAACAUUUUCUCCUGGAUGAAAGUGUCCUCCUCACCUUUUUUGCAGCUUCAAGUACUGGGAACCGGCUGCCAUGCCGAAGCUCACGUCAGAAGUUUGCAUUAAGCUGCUCACAGAUUACACCCGAAAAUUUCAGCACCUACACAGGGAACAAGAAGACAAUUUUGCUGUUUCUGAUCUUUGAAUCUCUCAUAUUGCUAGUACUAGCAAUAACAGUAAGAUUUUGCUGCAUGUUUUGGAAGAAAAAGAAGCUGCAAAAUCAACAUCUUGGGAAAUUCUUAGAUAAAAGACGAUCACUUCAACUUCAGAAGAAAGUUUUUGAUAGAUCAAUCACAGAGCUUCAGCAAAAGGCUGCUGAGGAUGCAAUAGCUAAUGAGGUGCUGGAAAAGUUGGGCAAUCUAGUUAAACAAAGGGAAAACAUUGAGAGGAAGCUCUCAACAUCAUACAGUUUGGGAAGGGAUGAAAUUGGUCCUCGUUCACCAUCUCUCCUUCCCUUGUCUGAUCAUAAAACAAGGAGUUUCUCAUUUCAAGGAGCAAAGAAAGAGAGUGUUACUUUGUUUCACACAGUCAGUGAUACUUCUUCUGAAACUAGCUGGAGCGAAAGGGACUCUGACACGAACAUAUCGGAGGAUGAAGAGGAAACAGACAAGGGAAAGUCACCUAUUGAAAUAUUCAGUAGCAGUGAUGAUGAGAUUUACCAAGAAGAAUAUCAGUCUAGUACUCCAUCUUUCUUUGCUUCCACUUCGCGACAGGUUACUGAAAUAGAAGAAAUGAAGCCAGGAGAUCAAAAGGACUCCGUUGAUCAUCCCUUACAGAACCGCAGCACAAGCAUAAGGAAGAGGAAUUCAUAUUCAAGUAGCUAGUAUUGCAUUAUGUGUGUUAGUUAUCC